AUGACUGCACUUCUGACCUGGGCUUUGGCUCUGCUCCCAGCGCUUGCAAGUGCCCAGACACAGAAAGGCUUCUGGGACUACUUCAGCCAGAGCAGCGGGGACAAAGGCAAGGCGGAGCAGGUCCAGCGGCAGAAGCUGGCAUGGGAACCCACGAGCCUGAAAGACAGCCUUGAGCAAGACCUCAGCAAUAUAGACAAGUUCCUGGAAAAGCUGGGCCCUCUCAGUGGGCAGGCGAGGGAGCCUCCUGCGCUCCCCCAGGACCCGGCGGACAUGCGGCGGCAGCUGCAGGAGGAGCUGGUGGAGGUGAGGGCGCGCCUGGAGCCCUACAUGGCAGAGGCGCACGAGCAAGUGGGCUGGAACCUGGAGGGCUUGCGGCGGCAGCUGAAGCCCUACACCGCGGAGCUGAUGGAGCAGGUGGCGCUGCGCGUACGGGAGCUGCAGGAACAGUUGCGCGUGGUCGGAGAGGGCGCCAAGGCCCAGCUGCUGGGCGGCGUGGACGAGGCGCGGGGCCUGCUGCGGGAGCUGCAGAACCUCGUGGCGCACCACACGGGCCGCGUCCAGGCGCUCUUCCACCCCUACGCCCAGCGCCUGGUGAGCGGCAUCGGGCGCCACGUGCAGGAGCUGCACCGCAGCGUGGCCCCGCACGCCGUCGCCAGUCCCGCGCGCCUCAGCCGCUGCGUGCAGACGCUCUCGCGCAAACUCACGCUCAAGGCCAAGGCCCUGCACGCGCGCAUCCAGCAGAACCUGGACCAGCUGCGGGAAGAGCUCAGCGCCUUUGCCGGCGCCCGCGCUGAUGGCGCGGUUGAAGGGACCAGCCGGGACCCCCAGGUGCUGUCCCAGGAGGUGCGUCAGCGACUCCAGGCCUUCCGCCACGACACCUUCCUGCAGAUCGCCGACUUCACCCGUGCCAUUGGCCGGGAGACCGAGGAGGUCCAGCUGCAGCUGGCGCCGCCCCCUCCAGGUCACAGUGCCUUCGCCCCGGAGUUUCUCCAAGCGGACAGUGGCAAGGCCCUGAGCAAGCUGCAGGCCCGUCUCGAAGACCUGUGGGAAGACAUCAACUACAGCCUUCACGACCAUGGUCUCGGCCAUCAAGAGGAGCCCUGAUUGUCUACUUGUCCAGGCCCACUUCCAGGCUUCUUGUCAGAGCUCAGGAUCUGAGCCCCCACCAGGUGUGGCUCAGUCCUUGACAGUGGCCUGUUGGGCAGAGGGUGGAGGGCCCUGCACAGCAUAGGCGUGGCCACCAAAGGGACUGUUGUUCCUGGAAUAUUCAGCCUCUUGGCGAUUCCCCCAUCCGGAUGCAUUAUACUCACCAGGCUUUGCAAACCCAGCUUCCCGUGUUCAUUUGGGAAUCCUCAUAAGUUGCUCCAUUCCAGGAUGGUGGGAGUGGGGAGGGAGAGAGGCAUUCUGUGUGCAGGUAAUUUUGUGCAAGCCUGUUGCCAUGGUGCCGGAAGCCUGUGCCUCUUCUUCCUGGGACUUGACUCCGAUCACUUCUGGCCGCCUGGUGGCCGCCGCUACAGUUGGUCUACAGAGAGGAGCUCUUUUCUCGCCAGGGCUGCCAUGACAGCUUCUGUUGGGGAAUGGAAAGGGAAAAGGGAGGAAAAUAUGUAAGAGCAUAUGAAGGUGUGUCUAUACCCCUGCUGGCUCUGAUGCCGGUGGGUACAGGUGCUGGGGGCUGUGAUGAGAGGGAGCAGAGCCUGUAUUUCCUUAUAUAGCUCUACAUGGAAACAGCUGACCAAACCCUCCAGACUCUGUGGGCUUCUUUAACCCACAGGGAAGCCUACUCUGUGUCCUCUCCAUCUGGGGCCCCUCACUUCUGACUCCCAGGCUGAAGCCUAGACUUCUGAUUCAAAUGAAAUAGAGGUGUAUGG